UCCUCUGCACUGUGCUGCUUAGUAACAGUGUGAAAGUGAUCAGAGACUCAGUUCACUCCGUCCACAGUGUCACCAUGAGGGAGCUGCACUUUAAGGACAACUUCUGGAACAGUGAGCUGACCAGCACAGCGGGCUACGACGCCAUCCUCCAGCACCUCAAUGAUGGCAAGAGGACGUGCAAAGAGAUCGAAGACUUCAUGAAAGCCAGAGCUUCAAUUGAGGAGAAGUAUGCGAAGGAGCUGCUGGGUUUGUCCAAGAAGGUGUGCGGCCAUAACGAAAUGAACACGCUGAAGCGAUCACUUGAUGUUUUCAAACUGCAAACUGAACAGGUGAGUAUAUCUCACUUGCAUCUGGCUCAAGCCAUGAGGGAGGAAGCCAAAAAGUUAGAGGAGUUCAGAGAAAAACAGAAAGAAGCAAGAAAGAGGGUGGAGCAGCAGAUGGAUGCACUGCACAAACAGAAAGCGACACAGUACAAGAAAACCAUGGAGACUAAGAAGACCUACGAGCAGAAAUGUCGUGAUAAAGAAGAUGCAGAGCAGACGAUGAACCGAAAUGCUACCACCAGCAAUGCCAAACAGCAAGAGAAGCUCUACGCCAAAGCGCAGCAAGCCAAACAGUCAGCAGAGGAAGCAGAUAGAGUUUAUAACCAGAAUGUACUUGCAUUGGGAAAGGUGCAAGAGGAGUGGCUGAAUGAGCAUGCUAAAACUUGUGAGAUAUUCGAGAAACAAGAAGUGGAGAGGAUCAGUGUGCUGCGGAAUGUCGUGUGGACUCACCUGAAUCAGCUCUCGCAGCAGUGUGUGACCAGUGAUGAGCUCUAUGAGGAAGUGAGGAAGUCUCUGGAGCAGUGUGACAUUCAGGAGGACAUUGAGCACUUCAUCAACCUGAGGAGAACCGGAGACAAACCUCCAGCUCCUGUACCAUAUGAAAAUUUCUACAGCAAUCAGAGAACAGUGCCAAACAGACAGCCGCCAUCCAUCUCCUGGAGAGGAGCCGCGCCUCCACCGCCAAACACAGGAGGUGAUGUGGUGUAUUCGACUAUAGAUGAUCCAGGAUAUAGCGUAAUUCGAUACUAACGAUGCAUAAGAGAAUCCUCCCUGCUGUGUCAAUGUUAACUAACCCAUGUGGUGAUCACUGGGUGUCGCUUCGAAUUCACCCCAAACAUUCAGCACAAUAAUAAUAAUAAGAAGAAGAAGAGAGUAAGAACAUCCUGUAUUUCACUACACUGAUAUGGCCGUUGAAUAAAUUAUUUCCUUUUUUGCCUGUUUGAAUAUCAAAAUCAUGCAAUAAUAAUAUAAUUAAAACUUCAUGAUGCAUAUUUUAAAUUAUUUUAUCCACAUUCACUGGAUAUGAGCAAUCGUGCGCUCUGAUUGGCUACUCUACUACUAGGAUAUCAGCUCAUAUACAGUGAGUAGAGAAAAACAAAAGGACGGAGCAUGUUGCUGAACCAACCGAGGACGAAAUAAAAACUACUCGAAAACAAAACCCCAAAAAAUACAAAAAAAAAAGCAACAAAAUAUGGAAUAAAAGUAUUUGAUGGUAAGAACGUAUCUUUUUUUUUUUAUUUUUGCAAUUUGUCACGUGUCCGCUAAGCGGAAAUGAUUUCGUCAGACGUUUUGUAUAAAAGUUUUUAUUUAUCGAAUUUGCAAAAAAUAAAAAUGCUCCAUUUCUUAAAAUCCAGUGAAUGUGGAUAGAGUAAAACAGUUAUUCCAUUUAAUCUCGUCGUACAUCGCUUAUAGUCAACUCGGUGCUACGCGCCUCGUCGGCUAUCAGCUCACAUACGACUCGAUUUCAUGGAAUAACUGUUAAAGACCCACUGACAGUCAUUUCGUAUUAAUUUUUAAACAAACAAUAUAUGACUCCAAAGAUAAAUUCUGGUUUUAAUUCUUGGUUUAACUGUCCGUUUUAAACAUCAGAAGUAAUUUUAAAUUUCGCGCAGGGAGAUUGACCUGGAUAUGAACUGGGCUCAUUCAGAGAUGCCGGAAGUGACGUCACAUCGGUGUGUCGUUUUUGUUUACAAGUCACUAUGUUGGUUCAGUUCUCACAAGUCUUGUGAUAUUGAGCUGUGGUGUUGUUGUGAUUUCCUUGCGUGAAAAAGUUAAAUGGCGUCUAACCGAAAAGGGAUUAUAUGUGUGGCUUACGGGUGUUCUAACACCACGUCGGAAGGAGUGAAACUCCAUUCCUUUCCUUGGAAAAAACACCCUGAAAUAGCAAAAGAGUGGGUAAGAAACGUUUCCAAAACACGUGCGAACUGGAAGUCAACAAAAUGGUCACGUCUCUGUUCAGCACAUUUCGAGGAGCACUGUUUCACUUUGUCGUCCGGAACUCGAAGAACGUUUGAUCCAACUUAUCCACUGGUGUUGGAGGAGUCAGCUGUGCCGACGUUGUUUGACAGGCCCGGGCCGAAUCAAUCUGUCAAAAGAGAAACAGAUGACAGCAGACCCCCCGAAGGGGCGGUCAAAAAGCGAAAGUCCGGUGGUGCCUUUGCCAAAAGAGAACGAGCCAGGGUACGUGGCUAUGUGUUGUUAUUCAAUACAUGUAUGUUGUUUAAAAUUUGUUGUAACGUCACAAAUGCAUCUUAUACCAUUGCAUAUUACUUAUCAAUAGGCCAAAGCAGCCAAUACCAGUAAUGUACAACAACUGAAAGGCCAAUACCUUGUUUCAUAUAUUUAGUUAGGAUAAUAUACAUGAUAUAUGUGUGGAGUGAUAGAUAUAAGAUGUCAUCCGGCAUGUUUUGAAAGUUUGUGAACCCUUUAGAGUUUUUGAUAUUUCUGCAUAAAUAUGACCUAAACUUCUGGUAGCUACUGUAUCUAACAUGAUCUAACAGGAGCUUAGACAUGAUGUUUUUUGGAGUGGGACCAAUAGUGUGACGUGACCAGGACCAUAUGUUUAAGACAUUAUGCUGUUUAAACAGAAUCUUUAAUAGACGUGAGGGCAGACAAUCUCGAUAGCUUCCCUGCUUCAUGUUUUGUUUUCAUGCAAUCCAGAACGACAUACACUGAUGUGACGUCACUCGCCCUAGCGGCAAAAACGGGCAAAUGGCUCAUGGCGCUUGUAGAAGCCGGGGCAAAAAACACAAAAUCGGCUCUGAAAUUCUUUUUUUUUGUUAAUAUAUUUUUAUUGCUUUCACAUAGAAACCGUUGUUACACACCAAACAGCAAUGCAUAAUGUAUAAAAGACAAACAAGCAAACAAAAAACAAACAAAAAACAAAACUAAAAGUAUGUGUGUGUGUGUGGGGGGGGGUUACACUUCUUGAAACUCAGGUAGUUACAGGGAAAGAACAAAACAUAGGCUACAUAUCAUGACAUCAGAUACAUGAAGUAUUUUAAGAAAAGAAAGAUAUGGCAGCUGACCAGUUGGCUCUGAAAUUCUUGAUUUUCUACAAAGACGACCCUUUAUUCAAGUUGAGUUUUGGAUAUUUUAUUUCACAGUACAGCAAUAAAACAAUAAAUACACAUAUUACGUGGUGUAAAAAGUUGUGUCAGUGGGUCUUUAAAUAGCACAAGUAGAUAUGAUUGUAAAUAUACACUGGAUUUUACUCUGAGUGGGCGUGUCCUCAUUUGCAAGUUCUGUCUUUUUAGCAGAUUAUUCUGAGAGUGUCAUGCAAGACACUGUUGUCUUAUUUAUUUUUUUAUUGAAUUCGGUUAUUUAAAGUUCUCUUUUUAUUUACUUUCAAAUGGCCAAAUGUGGUAAUGUCAAGGACAAAACAACAAAACAGUCAUGAGUGAAGACUGAAGACAUUUGGUAAUUUUUUUUUUUUCGGUAGUAUUUUGUAAUAAUAACAAACUGAUAAAAUGUGUUUAUGAAAAGUUCAUAUCAGGUUUCUGGAUUUAUCUGUUUACAGACAAAGUAGCAUGAACAAUUUCUUGUGAUUGAAUGACUGCUGUGCUGUUAAACUGCCCUGUACUGCCUGCUUUAAUAAAAUCCGAUGGUCAUCA